AUGUCAUUGAAGUCCUCGAUAUUUAGCAAUGCAGAAGCCUCUGCCAAGCCACCUGCGUCCGGUCCCAAUACAACCAGCUUGCGUUCCAAGCUGUCAAGCCCUUAUAUUAACGGAGUAAAUUCUCUGACUGCACUCACAGAUCGUCGGUUUGAUAUCAAACUACGGCUGAAAUCAUCAGCCUCACCUGCCCCGAUCCCCCUGACAUGGAAUCUAGAUGAUCUACUAGAGAAAUACGAAAGCACCAACAACUUACCGCCCCCGUUGUCACCUACAUUGCCACCACAAACCAUGCCCUCUUCCAUCUCAAGCACAGCUUCCCUGAAAAGGGAUCCAACGAAAGUUCAAAAGAAAGAAGUACAUCAUCAUACCCAGCUCAAUGCACCUACUCCUACAUUUCCUAGAUCUAACUUGUUUGGAAAAGACAGAGUAGCCCCGGAAAGUGAAACAACUACUCAUGGCGAUUCCUCCUCACGACGUACCAUUAACGACAAAUCGACCGAUGAAGCUGCUCAGUUCGGCGAUGGUGCUCAUAAUUUGGCAGAAGAUGUGCCUCUUCUAAUGUUGUCACCGACUUUGCCUGCAUCCUUUAACAGCAACAGUCAUCAUGCAAACUCCAAAUCACUUGUUGCCAGUAACGGCCAAACCUCGAAGUUUAGUGAUUCUACGAAAGAAGUUAGAAAACUAUCCACGUCUCCUACAUUCAAAAGCGUCAAGACUGGCAUUGGAGUUUUCAAGUGGAUCAACAAAAUGCACGACAUUGCAAAACCAAAAUUCCUUGUUCGUAUCAUUUUGAACAAUAAAAUGAAAUUUAAGGAGAGAGUUGCCACCUCGUCUAGUAGUCCGUCGAGUUUGAGUGCAUUCAAAAUAAGUACCAGCAAUAAAAUUGAUGAAGCAAGUUCUGUAGGUACUAGUUUACUGGAAAGCAGUCGUGGUACAACUAGGGUAUUGCCUAAGGACAUAGACAUUAUAGAAAAAAAUUCAAGUGAGUUACCGCAUCUCAAGAAACCACAGCUGUUGGCAUUGGUGGAAACAUCACAUGGCACAGAUACUGCAAGGUAUGAAUUUAUCCAGGAGAUACAAGCAAAAGAAAAAGAGAUUAGGAAACUUCUCAAAAUUGUGGAGGAAAAGGAUAGACAAUCGAAAGAUAGAUUGGAUAGGUUGAAGUCACUAGAGCGUGACAUUGAGGAGGAGCGUGCCGGCAAACAAUCUAGCCGAAAUCACGCUAAUGCAGGUAUCUUCAUCAAUGAAGCCAUUGUGUCUGAGCACUCUUCUGUAUUGUCUGAAUCACAUUUGACAAAGGGGCAAGCUGAGGAGGUGAAAACCAAGUUCACCAAGAAAAAGAUUUACUGGCUUGAUAUAUGCAAAGAUGUCCAGGCGAGCGUGGACAUUUUGUGGAAAGAACUAGAACUAACACGGGGCGUAUUUCCCCAUGAUUGGAAGCAGUUGCGCUGCAAAUCUGAAGAUAUACAAAUAAUUAUAAUGCAAGUGGAUAUUUUUAUCAUGAAAAUGGUGUCGUUGGACUAUGACGAGCGAUCAAAGAUAGUUUCAAACACGCUUCCUAGCGAGCGCUCAUGGAAGGUUCUUGAUACGGAUGUGGGGAAGCUAAUAACCUAUAUUGAACUUCUACUUGCUCUGAGAGAAAGUUCUCCUGCCCCAAAAGAUCACCAAAUUGUGGUUGAAUUUCUAAAAACACUAAAGUGCUUGAUGUUCCAAACAAGAGCAUUAAUCGUAAAGAGAGUAAACUCGAUAUUGUUAAGAGUGGUCAAUACAUACAUCGAAAAAAGCAGUUUAACAAAAGAUAACGUUGAAUCAGCCUCCACAGCUGCUGCCAGUAUGCAACUAAGCCAAAAAAUCAUUGAGUUGCAGCAACAAAAUCUAAACAAUUCCGAACGCAUUCAGCAGCUUUUCCUAAACUCACAACCAGAAUAUCUUAACUCGAUGCUAGCAUCUACAUUCUCUUACGUGUGGGACAAAAGAACAUCGAACAUAUCCCGGGCCCAGCAAGCUUAUAAUUUGAACUCGUUUGACAAAUCAAUCAAACCCAGCCUACAAACAUACUAUUUGCCAAUGGGGAUAUAUUCAAACCUCAAUGAAGUCACUUGUAUUUUAUUCAACCUAGCGGUCUACUUCCUUGAGAAAUAUAACAAAAUGAAUCCGAGCAAAUUUGUUAAUUACAAACUACAGAGUGGCCAUUCAUAG